GGGGUGAGCAAGAGAAAUGAGGCAGGAGCAACACUGCCUUCUAUUGCGUGCUUCACCUGCAAAAAAGCGGCAGAAUUCAGAACAGGAGGCAUUGAGUUGCCAGGGGUGCGUGGUGAUUCGCUCAUCCUUUCCAACUCUGCUAUAAGGCAAGGGAAGGGAAGAAGGAGAUGUUGCUAUUUGCAGUUUGAUCUCCUCUCUGUAACAGCUGCUCAUCAGCUGCUUUUCCUUUUUUAAAAAAAAGUGGCAGUGUCAACCUCGCUUUUUCAGAGCACGCUUAAGCUAACGUGUAGCUUGACCCUCAGACAGAUCUACGUUCGCUUCCCGCAAGCGAGCACGAAGAAUACCACAACCUGAAGGGGAAUCCGGGACCAGCUGUAACCCGAUACGUUUCGCAGCUGACUGGAUAAGGCGUCUAGCUCCGCCUCCACCUCCGGAGCGAUUCAUUGCCUAGCUGAGCCUCCGGAAUCUGGGAUUCAGCUUUCUCUUAGGCUGGGCUUCCCUGCCAAUCAAUCUGAAGGACGGGCUCUUCGGCCUCCUUUGGCCCUUCCCCCUUUCCCCCUCCUCCCCCCGCGCCUAUUGAUAUUAUUGGAGUGUGGUGCGAGCGCUCGGUCUGCAGUCGGAGACUCGCAGGCAGCAAAUACGGAGAGAAAAAACGAGUAGGGAAAGGCAGAAGGCAGCGGGGAAGAGCUCUGUGUAAGAGCACUGCGAAAUAGAACCCAUUGCAGAACAAGCUCUUUAAUACCCGCCGAGUGGCAGCAGCGGGAGAAACAGCAAGCGCCUUACAGUCUUUCUCUGAACAUACAUGUAAUUAGAUAUAUUUAAACACCUCAACCUCACGCACCAUGGUUUUUCAAACUAGGAUCUCUUCAUGGAUUAUUUUAUGUUGCAUCUGGCUGCUUCGCUUUGCACACACGGGGGAGGCACAGGCUGCAAAAGAAGUAAUAUUGUUGGAUUCUAAAGCACAACAGACAGAGUUGGAAUGGAUUUCUUCUCCUCCUAAUGGGUGGGAAGAAAUUAGUGGGCUGGAUGAAAACUACACACCUAUUCGAACAUACCAGGUAUGCCAAGUCAUGGAACCUAACCAAAAUAACUGGCUUCGGACUAACUGGAUCGCAAAAGGCAAUGCACAAAGGAUUUUUGUAGAACUAAAAUUUACUCUGAGGGAUUGUAAUAGCCUUCCUGGAGUCCUGGGGACAUGUAAAGAAACAUUCAACUUGCAUUAUUAUGAAACAGACUAUGACACUGGCAGGAGUAUCAGAGAAAACCUGUAUGUAAAAAUAGAUACUAUUGCAGCUGAUGAAAGCUUUACCCAAGGUGACCUUGGGGAGAGAAAAAUGAAACUUAACACAGAGGUGAGAGAGAUUGGACCUCUGUCAAAAAAAGGAUUCUACCUUGCAUUUCAGGAUGUAGGUGCCUGCAUUGCUUUGGUUUCUGUCAAAGUAUACUACAAGAAGUGCUGGUCCAUUAUUGAGAACUUAGCUAUUUUUCCAGAUACAGUGACUGGGUCAGAGUUCUCCUCCCUUGUUGAGGUUCGAGGAACUUGUGUCAGCAGCGCAGAAGAAGAGGCUGAGAACUCUCCUAGAAUGCAUUGUAGUGCAGAAGGAGAAUGGUUAGUACCUAUUGGGAAGUGUAUCUGCAAAGCUGGUUACCAGCAGAAAGGGGACACAUGUGAACCUUGUGGCCGUGGAUUCUACAAGUCAUCUUCUCAAGAUCUGCAGUGCUCCCGCUGUCCUAUGCACAGUUUCUCAGACAGGGAAGGAUCUUCACGAUGUGAUUGUGAGGACAGCUAUUACAGAGCACCUACUGAUCCACCAUAUGUCACAUGCACAAGGCCUCCAUCUGCACCACAGAAUCUUAUUUUCAAUAUUAACCAAACUACUGUGAGUUUGGAAUGGAGCCCUCCUGCUGAUAAUGGAGGAAGAAACGACGUGACCUACAGGGUAUUGUGCAAGAGGUGCAGCUGGGAGCAGGGCGAAUGUGUUCCCUGUGGGAGCAAUGUUGGAUAUAUGCCCCAGCAAACUGGAUUAGCAGACAACUAUGUCACCGUCAUGGACCUGUUAGCUCAUGCUAACUACACUUUUGAAGUUGAAGCUGUAAAUGGUGUUUCUGAUUUAAGCCGCUCCCAGAGGCUUUUUGCAGCUGUCACUGUUACUACUGGUCAAGCAGCUCCCUCGCAAGUUAGCGGCGUAAUGAAAGAGAAAGUGUUGCAAAGGAGUGUGGAGCUUUCCUGGCAGGAACCCGAGCAUCCCAAUGGAGUCAUCACAGAAUAUGAAAUCAAGUAUUAUGAGAAAGACCAAAGGGAGAGGACUUAUUCAACAGUGAAAACGAGGUCCACCUCUGUAUCGGUGAAUAAUCUGAAACCAGGAACAGUAUAUGUUUUUCAGAUUCGUGCAUUUACUGCUGCUGGAUAUGGAAGUUACAGUCCUAGAUUAGAUGUUGCUACACUAGAGGAAGCCACAGCCACUGCUGUCUCCAGUGAACAGAAUCCUGUGAUAAUCAUAGCUGUGGUAGCUGUGGCAGGCACCAUCAUUCUGGUCUUCAUGGUUUUUGGCUUCAUCAUUGGACGAAGGCACUGUGGCUAUAGCAAAGCUGAUCAAGAAGGAGAUGAAGAACUUUACUUUCAUUUUAAAUUUCCAGGCACCAAAACCUACAUUGACCCUGAAACCUACGAGGAUCCAAAUAGAGCUGUCCAUCAGUUCGCCAAGGAGUUAGAUGCCUCCUGUAUUAAAAUAGAGCGUGUGAUUGGUGCAGGAGAGUUUGGAGAAGUAUGCAGUGGGCGCCUAAAGCUUCCAGGAAAAAGAGAUGUUGCAGUGGCUAUUAAAACUUUAAAAGUGGGCUACACUGAAAAGCAGAGAAAGGAUUUUCUUUGUGAGGCAAGCAUCAUGGGACAAUUUGACCAUCCCAAUGUUGUUCAUUUAGAAGGGGUUGUUACCAGAGGGAAACCAGUCAUGAUUGUAAUAGAAUACAUGGAGAAUGGAGCUCUGGAUGCAUUCCUCAGGAAACAUGAUGGGCAAUUUACAGUAAUUCAGCUGGUGGGGAUGUUGAGAGGAAUUGCUGCUGGAAUGAGAUACUUGGCUGAUAUGGGAUACGUGCAUAGGGACUUAGCAGCACGCAACAUUCUGGUCAACAGCAAUCUUGUUUGUAAAGUGUCAGACUUCGGCCUCUCCAGAGUCAUAGAAGAUGAUCCAGAAGCUGUCUACACUACAACAGGUGGCAAAAUACCAGUAAGAUGGACAGCUCCAGAGGCCAUACAGUAUCGCAAGUUUACAUCAGCGAGUGAUGUAUGGAGUUAUGGAAUAGUAAUGUGGGAAGUAAUGUCUUAUGGAGAGAGGCCUUACUGGGAUAUGUCAAAUCAAGAUGUUAUAAAAGCAAUCGAAGAAGGGUAUCGCUUGCCAGCACCCAUGGACUGCCCAGCAGGCCUUCACCAGCUGAUGCUAGACUGCUGGCAGAAAGAGCGUGCAGAAAGGCCAAAGUUUGAGCAGAUAGUGGGCAUUCUGGACAAGAUGAUUCGGAACCCAAACAGCUUAAAAACUCCUUUGGGAACCUGUAGCAGACCAAUCAGCCCUCUUCUGGACCAGAACACCCCUGAUUUCACUACAUUUUGCUCUGUAGGAGAAUGGUUGCAAGCCAUCAAGAUGGAAAGAUAUAAGGAUAAUUUUUCAGCUGCAGGUUACAAUAAUCUUGAGACAGUAGCCAGGAUGACUAUUGACGAUAUUAUGAGCUUAGGCAUCACGUUGGUUGGCCAUCAAAAGAAAAUCAUGAGCAGCAUUCAGACUAUGAGAGCACAAAUGUUACAUUUGCAUGGCACUGGCAUCCAAGUGUGAUAAACAUUUCUCCCUUACGUGGGAGGUGACAGACUUGAGAGAACAGUGCCGGCUUCAGUCUACAUGAAGUGCUGCUAGAAGACACAUUAUUUUUCUGGGUCCUUCCUGCAGACCACAGAAAGCCCACAAGCACCUACAGACUUGAACUCCUAAGUGCCACCAGAAAGUUACUUUAAAAGGGGAAAUGGAUCCACUGAUGGCAGCAACGAUAGCAGUGACAAUAAACAAAGUACUACCUGAAACACCUAUAAACACCUUGAACUCUCUAACCUCCUUUUUAUCUAAUUGACUUUUUAAAGUGUACAUAAGGGAUUUUAAAAAAAAGAAAGAAAGAAUAUAUUUGUCAGAUAAAAAUCAUGAUAUUAUUGCUAAAGUCGAAAUAUUUUCCUUAAACCUUUCAUUUCAAGCUUUUUUUAAAAAAAGAAAUCAGUUGUGUUUCUUCUUCAUAUAGACCUUCUUUUAAUGUAACAUUUAUAUCUUUGGACCUUCUUAGUGCUAAGUAGAUGAAACAUUACACUGGGGACUAUUGAAAGAUUAUAUGAAUUUCUACAGACACAAGAGGUGCAACUGAGAAACAUGUAUCUGGUCACUGAGUGGGGUGAAAUGGAAUUGGGGUAGGGUUUGCUUUAUGAAGUUUACUUCAGUCUGUUAAUUCCACACCACAUUACAGUGGUUUGCUAAUUGGCAGGAAAUCAGGAAGAAAAAGGCAUUGCCAAGAGUUGCGAUAUUUUUGAAAAUAAUUUUGUAUGAUGAGUCACAUGGUCUCUUUAAACAGGAAAUGAAUAGAAUAGAGAACCUAGCAAUAAUAUUCCCUUAAAGAGCUUAGGCACUUUUAAAGAAAAGGUUUGAAAGAUGACUUUAGUAAACUGCCUGGGAUAAAUAUAAGCUGUACAACUCUGCAACUUUAAACUUGUUUAAACCCCUUUCACUGAAUAAUUGAUAGUAGAUAUGUCAAAAAAAAGGUACAGUACUGUAGUGUUGCCUAGCCUUUUAAUCAGAGCACACUGGGGUUUGUUGUUGUUGUGUUUUUUUUUUUCUUCUUCUUCAAUAUUCCACAUUAGAUGGUCUAGGAAAAAUAACUGACAUAUGGUUCAUAUGAAAUUAAGUUGAAUGUAGUCCCUCCUGCAAAAAUAAACAUCUGGGGGUGCAAUCCAGAGAACACAAGGCAUACCUACAUCCCUCUGAAGCUAAUUGGACCGUAGCAUUUAACUGAGCUUAAAUUUUACUGAUUUCUGUUGAGACUUAAUCCCAGAUCAUAUGUUACCACAUUCUGGUGGAAGAGUGGGUGUGCAAAUUAUCUUACACGACAUCUCCUCCAUUAUACAGAUACCUUGUGUACGAAGGCGCAGGUUGAAGCCUGAUUUGGCCUGCAACCAGUUCUCACAAUUUUCCAUCCCCUUUUUGAGAUGCAAAGGAUUGCAUUCAUUGUCAGAACAUCUUCGCCUAUUUUGUAUGUGAUUUGCCAGUGGAGAUAAUGUACUCCUUUGCCACCACCAGUAACAUAUGAUCCAGGUGCAAAUCUAACUUUCUCUGGAUUGCACUCUUGGGACAUAGUCCAUUCCAGUCAGAGGAAGUUAGACACACUUAAGAUUUACUGAAAUUAAUGCGAUUUGAGAGCUUAAUGGCGUAAUCCUAUGAUGUCUACUUGGGAGUAAGAUUCUAGUAUACCUUUCUCCCAGGUAAGCAUGUAAAGAAUUGCAGCCUAAUUAUGCUAUGAAGUCCCAGUGAUUUCAAUGGGACCUGAGUGCAACUAACUUUCUCUGGAUUGCACUCCUCUAGUGUAAGCCCUAAUAAAAUGAAUUGGAGGUGAACAACAGCUGUGAGGCUUGCACUGGAGAUGUUCCUAUCAGAUGGUGCCUUGAGAUUUUCUAUUAGAACCAGUGAGUGUAAGGCAAGAGGCAGUUCAAAAAAUUUCAAGUUUUUUUUUACAAGCUGCUCUAUACAUACAUACAGUCAUUCAAGACUUCUGAAUGAAUGGUACCUGUUGAGUGAAAGAACUCUUUUUUUAGGAAAAAAUACCAGUUUUAAUUUAAUAUAUGUGUACUUGAGUUGAAUGAAAUGUCGAACUACCAUAAGCAAUAACAAAGUGUGUUGCAGGAAUAUAUACAAAACAGGUGAUAAAUGCUGUCAGAAAUAUCAUGAAAAUCAUGAGCUACCCCAGCAGUGAAUAGCUGUACUUCCAAAGAGAACUGGGCUGCUCCCGAUGGUUUUCAUAGAGAAAGAUCCCAGGGAUCAGUCAUACAUUAAGUCUUAUUUGAUAAUGUGGGCAUCCACACAAAAAAUAUAACCCUGUAAAUGUUCCUUUGUAAAACUUGUACAUUUUAUUUAUACUGUCUUGUUUUGUACACACAUUUGUGUGCGGUGAGCUCGGAAUACAUUGAAAAUGCACUAUAUUUUUCUAUUUUACUUACAGAGCAUCACAAAAAAGAAAAUGUUUUUCAGUACUACAUAAUGUGUUUUCCCACAUUUAGGACCAAAGAUAGCUACAGAAAACUCAAAUAGAUCAUUUGCCCCUCCCCUCCCCUCAUAUUUCUCCUUUAAGUUCACUGUAUAGUGUUAUAUUUGUCAUUUUAUUUAUUUGUUUGGUUAAAAAAACCUUUGAUUAUACUAUUUUUUCUCCUUUUCCCCUUUGUUAAAGAAACCUGUAAAAAAACAGACAAACAAAACAAAAAAAUUGGAUUAACAUAAUCCCAUUACAUAGAC